AUGGGGAGAACUCUUUUCAUUUUUCUUCUAACAAUUACUCACGUUUCACUAUUAUUUAACUCAGUCAUUGCGACGAGUUCAAAGAAAGGGUUCAGCAUAAAGUUGAUUCAUAUAGACUCCAAAGAAUCACCUUUAUAUCCAGGUGACCAGUUAACGCGAGACGAAAGGCUUCAGAGACUUGUCGAACUAUCAAAAGCUCAAGCUCGUUAUAUCCGGUCAAAAAUAAUGCUCUGUAAUGCAACACGCUCUAUGAAUCCCGAUGUUGCACGGUUUCCUGUAAUUUACGGACAUAGAAUGUUUUAUGUUGCAAAGGUUGGUUUAGGUACAUUUCUAGGUAGUCAACAACCAUUUAUUAAUUAUUAUUUGAUAGUUGAUUCAGGUAGUGAUGAUACGUGGGUUCAAUGCGAAGGUGCCACUGAAGCUUUUAACCAAGAUAUGCCAUUUUAUCCUUGGAGUUUGUCAUCUACAUAUUAUUAUGUUCCUUGUAAUACACAUCCUCGUUGCAUGGGACAAAACUGCAAUUCUGAUGGCCAAUGCACUUACGUAACAAAUUAUUUGACUAGAUCAUCAUCAUCUGGUAUUUUUGCUGCAGAAAAAUUCACUUUAGGUUCCGAUAUUGGUGGCUUUGAAAGUAUUGAACUACGCAUGGGUUGUGGUUUCUGCCAAGAGAAUUCCGACCACGUUAUUGGUAGCAAUCAUUUACGUGGUAAACCAUAUCUUAUUGCAGGAAUACUCGGUUUAGGACCCGGACCAUGGUCUUUUAUAAAUCAACUGGGUGCAGCUGGACAAGGUAAAUUUUCCUACUGCUUCGAUAUUUAUAAUCAGAAUAUUGAGGGAUCGGAUACAUAUUUAAGAUUUGGCGCAGAUGCUACAAUCGGAGGCGCGGGUCAAGAAGUACAUACAACUCCCAUGGUUGCGCCUAAGUCUGAUUUUUCGUUCUAUUAUUUAAGUCUAGAAGAUAUUAGUGUAGGUAACAAAAGAGUAGGAUUUCCCAAAGGUAUUUUCAAGCGUCGCAGUGAAGGAAAAGGCGGUACUGUCAUAGAUUCCGGUACUCUGAUAUCUAUGAUGUAUGGACAUCAUUUUGAUGUGGUUGCAGAUUUGGUGAGAGCACAUUUUAACGAACUCGUAGUUGAAUAUAUUGGUUCCCUACAAAAUUUUGAUGCUUGUUUCCGUAUACCGGGAAGAUUUGAUAUUACUAAUUAUCCUUCCAUUACACUUCACUUUCAACAGGACGACUAUCUUAUUUCAGAUUAUAUAGCUAAUUUUAUAAUAAUCAGGGAAAAUGUUUGUUUAGGCAUUUUCCGAAUGGAAAAUGAUUUACCGACUUUUAUUUUAGGAGUUAAUCAACAAGCUAAUAAAAGGAUUUUGUAUAACAUUAUGGAUGAGUCACUCUCAUUUGCUACAGAGCAUUGUGAAUUAGGUUCAUGA